CACACGAGCAAAGCCCGUGCGUGCUCCUACGUAGCUGCGCCAUGGCCGGGUAAUGGGUGAGCAACUGCUGGAAAUGAGUCGUUGCUCAUCCAAGAACUCAACAGGUAGCACUGUGCCAAUCUACACGCUGGAAGCGAGUCAUUUGCGAAGAUCUGCGAGGGGCCUAAAAUGGGAAGCUCCACGUCUUCGAGAUCAGGAUGAUUCACGGGGAGUCACAAAGCAAGAAGCUUUUUGUUGGAUCCUCUAUGGUUCAUCAAACGCCAGUACAGUCAUGCGCUUUGCGCGGGGCGAGCCUGCAUCGCAUCUCACGGAUUUGUUGCUGGCGUUGUUUACCUAUUGGAGCCUUUACUCUGCUUCUGCAGAUUACUCCACACGUUUCAAUGCAGAUGGAUUAGACCAUCGGAUAUUCUACAUGUUGUUGGCCAUCUCCAUCUUCGUGAUGGAUGUGAACUGGACAGGUGACAUCUUAGCAUCUGGAAAUGCGGCUGCACGAUCCAUGCACUUGUCUUGUUUGGCGGGGUGCUAUUUGCUGAUCGGCAUCAUGCACGCAAGAGUUGCUCUGUGUCUUCGAAGCUGUCGCAAGUUUGCGGUGUAUCACAUGCUGCUGAACGCUGCCAGCGUGGGCUUUUACUUGGUCGCGGCCCGUAGCUCUGAAGAACACUGUGAGGUGCUAUGCUGGCUGGGAUGCGCCCUCUUUCUAUUGAGGACCUAUGGCAUUCCCAUCGACCAGAACAUCAACCAGAUUACGAAGCAGAGAAAUGCGCAAGACUACAUCAAUCGUGCACAGUCCGUGAUGAUCACUACUUUGGCUUUGGUGGUGAAGUGUGUGGUCAAAGGAGUAAAGCCAGGUGAAAUCCACAUGGGGAACUGUGACCUCCUGUUGCUGUCGCUGGUGCUAGUGUUGCUCAUCAAGCUGCUGAUGUUUGAUGUGCACAUCGCAGAUACGAAGUGGCAUGCGGUGAGAUGUUUGUCCAGCUGGCGUCCCACCUUCUUCCUGAGUUUGGUGCCCGUGGCCAUGGCGGGAGUGAUGAUGAUGGCGGCAGGAUGUUUCUUGAUCUUGGACCUGGAGUUUCAGGACUACGAUCGCCGUUCAGCCAAACGAUUCGAUCAAAAGGCUGGGCGAAAUUUCAGUUGCGGUUUCGGUUUGAUGUUGGUGGCGGUGACGAUCAUGCGAUUGUUGCACAACCGCCCUGAACUGCCCAGCGUGCCCGCGCCCUCGCGGUCCGCCCGGCGCAUCACCCGGAUGUGGCAGGUUCAGGUGGUAGUGCAGCUGGUUUUAGCCGUGAUUUCCUUCAACCACUCCAGCGACACCACUGGACGCGAUGGACUCUACCGCUCAGUGAAACUGACCGCCUUUUUGGUGCUGUUGAACCUGCUGGAUGAAAUGGAAGAGUUGGGUCACUAUAGUGGGAACUGGAAAGUGGUUCGCACAGUGUGCCUGCUGGAUGGGAUCACCAGAUACAUGACGCAUGAGGAAGAGGUCCCCUCCGCAAGCGGAUCUUCCAAAGGAUCUGACGAUGUGUCUGGUCCCAGUGAUCCCGGGACACUCGACGGACUCGAGAGCCGGGGCAAUACCAAGAAAGUUCAGAAAGCCAAUUGUGCCUGGAGUAAUUCGGUCAUGCCUCUUGCAGCAGUGUGAAGCCUGAAAUCUGCGGUGAGAAUUUAUGUUGCGUUUUGCUUCUUGGUU